GCUAUGUCCCGCUACAGCACGGAACAGCGGGGCCGGCCCAACUCGCCCGAUUACCGCCUCUACUUUAAGAAUGCAGACGGUAAAUAUAUUUCCCCAUUCCAUGAUAUUCCCCUGUUUGCUGGACCUAAGGAGGAUAAAGAAAUUCCUGCAAAAAGGUUAAAGACUACUGGAUCUGAGGUCCUGUUUAAUAUGAUUGUAGAAGUGCCUCGUUGGACUAAUGCAAAAAUGGAGAUUGCCACUGAGGAGCCAUUGAAUCCCAUUAAGCAUGAUAUAAAGAAAGGCAAGCUUCGAUAUGUGGCAAAUAUCUUCCCUCACAAGGGUUAUAUAUGGAAUUACGGUGCUCUCCCACAGACUUGGGAAGAUCCAAACCAUACGGAUAACAUUACAGGAUGUUGCGGGGAUAAUGAUCCUAUUGACGUUUGUGAAAUAGGUUCAAAGAUUCGUUCUUCUGGUGAGAUUGUUCAGGUGAAGGUCUUGGGUGUUUUAGCUCUUGUUGAUGAAGGAGAGACAGAUUGGAAGAUAAUUGCCAUCGGUGCGGAUGACCCAGAAGCUCAGAAAAUCCAUGAUAUCGAUGAUGUCAAGAAGCACAAACCAGGUUAUCUUGAGGCUACAGUUGACUGGUUCCAAUUAUAUAAAGUCCCUGAUGGUAAACCAGAAAAUCACUUUGCUUUUAAUGGAGAGUUUAAAAACAAGGAUUUUGCUGUUGAAAUUAUUAAAUCUACCCAUGAACACUGGAAAGCAUUGCUUCAUAAAAAAGCUGAUGGAGGUACUAUAAAGUGCACAAAUGUUCUGGUGAGUGGCAGCCCAUUUUGUUGCAGUGAGGAGGAUGCCCGAUUGAUUGUGCAGUCAUUGAUUCCUGGUACUUUUUUCCCAAGUGAUCAAGAUUUUCUGAAGGUGCAUCAUCAAAUCUUAAAAAUCAUCCCUUUCUUUGAAGACAGGCAAAAGCACUGAUUGUUGGACUCCUGUUGAAAUAACUUCUCAACUUGUGGUAACUUUCUCUAAUGUAAAUAAACUCUGCCAUUAUAAAAUGAA